CAUCAGUCGCUCAGCAUCAGCAGCUACAGCUACAAGUCAACUCUUAACUCUCCCAUUCCAAGGAAUAUUUCUAUAUACCCAAACUCAACAUGAACUUCUACAAGAUCUUCAUCUUUGUCGCCCUCAUCCUGGCCAUCAGCAUGGGUCAAUCAGAGGCGGGUUGGCUGAAGAAGAUUGGCAAGAAAAUCGAACGCAUUGGCCAGCACACUCGAGAUGCCACCAUCCAGGGCUUGGGCAUUGCUCAGCAGGCAGCAAACGUUGCAGCCACAGCCAGAAUAUCACUGCUCAACAUGAACUUCUACAAGGUCUUCAUAUUUGUUGCCCUCAUCCUGGCCAUCAGCACGGGUCAAUCCGAGGCUGGCUGGCUGAAGAAGAUUGGCAAGAGAAUUGAACGCAUUGGCCAAAACACUCGCGAUGCCACCAUCCAGGGCUUGGGCAUUGCUCAGCAGGCAGCAAAUGUGGCCGCCACAGCCAGAGGCUGA